GCGCCCCCGACUCCCCGCCACCUCCGCCAGCCUCCUCCAACCCCGGCCCUCGGGCGCUCGGUCCAAGAUCCCGCUGAGCCUCCGCAGCAGCGGCUCCGGGAGACGGUUGAGGGUCGCGCUGCCCGGAGCUGGGAGCGGCAGCCCCGAGGGCGCGGCCGGAGGCGGCUGCGAGGCCAGGGGCGGCAGGGCCUGCAACAGCUCCACGCACGGCGAUGUGUCCCGCGCCGGAGACCCCGCCACUGCCGCUGCUCCCGCGGGCCACAUCGCGGGUCUCGGCUCCAGCGCACCUUCCCUCGCUCGCCUGGGCGCCGCGGAGGCAGGGGCGGAAGGACAAACCGGGCGGCGCUGCACCGCACUCGGAGGAGGAAGCUCCGCUCCCCGCCCCGCCGAGACAGCUUUGCAAAGAGAAGCCGGGCGGACCGGAAUCGCCUGGUUUCCUCCAAGUCAGACUGCCACCCACAAUCUUCAUAAUCAAAGCAGGCAAGCUUAUAGAGAACGCCCUCCCCUGGAAGGGUCAAGAAUAGAUGAAAUAAAUGCAGACUGCACUUAAGCUCGUUUUCCCAAUUUUAGCAAUAUUCAAGGUCGUUUUCCCAUUGGAAACUAUAGGGUCGUUUGGGACAAAAGCAAGCAACUUACAAAGUGUGACCAGCCACAAGGCUUCCUGGCCCAGCUUCUAG